AUACUUGUGACGGGAAGGUCAUAGUUGAAAUUUCACACGCAGCACGCAAACUGUAACCACUCACUAUGCUGUAACAAUGAUGAAGCCUCUACAUUUGUUCUACUGUGCGAGCCUGCUCGGUUUGACCACCAUUUCAGGCUUGUUGUUGUUGUUGUACCAAUGUGCACCUGUCCUGUACUACCUGUGCACGGGGAUACUACUGGGUUCAGUGGGAUACUGUGUGGUUCUGUACUUGGCGCCGAAGAGCCGAGUGAGCGGGGAGGGCAAAGCUGUCUUCAUUACAGGUUGUGACAGUGGUUUCGGAUUUGGACUGGCCAAACGUCUGGACUCGCUGGGCUUCACGGUGUUUGCCGGCUGUCUGCUGGCAGACAGUGGUGGGGAGGGGUCGAAGAAACUCCGUGCAGAGUGCUCGAGCAGGCUGAGUACUGUUCAGAUUGACGUCACUGAUGAUGGACAGGUGCAGGCCGCUGUUAGACAGGUCAAAGGUCGACUGCCGAAGGGGUCAAAGUGUCUUUACGCAUUGGUUAACAAUGCUGGGGUCUGGCAGCCGGGAGAGAUAGAGUGGGUCAGCAUGGCCGCCUACCGACGUGUGAUGGAAGUGAAUGCCUUCGGUACCGUGCGGGUCACCAAGGCGUUCUUGCCUCUGAUUCGUCGGGCGAAAGGACGAGUUGUGAACAUCACCAGUGAGGCGGGUCUACAUUCACCUCCAACUAUAUCCCCCUAUCACAUGAGCAAGAGUGCCGCGGAAUUUUUCUCAGAUACACUCAGGCACGAGAUGUACAAGUGGGGAGUCAAAGUCGUCAUCGUGGAGCCUGGCAGCUUCGGACAGGCUACAGAUAUUGCUUUGCCCGCCGUUUACAAUAGGCUCGUUGAGAAUCUACGGAACAACAUGGAAGAAGCUGUUAAGGAGGAUUAUGGCAUGGAGUACUUCGACUUCAAGAUGGAACAGAUGAGAUCCGGGAUCUAUUCUGAGGCUCAGGGAAAAGACGCUACCCCUGCCAUAGAUGCCAUGGUGGAUGCCGUCACCCUGACCACCCCCGCACAUCGCUACUUGGUCGGGUCGAGUUUUGAGGACUACGUCAACAAGAUUUGGCUGGGUUACUUCCCCACGCGUUGGACUGACUACACGGAGAGGCCCGAGAAGGAAAGCGACCCUAAACCGGCCAUGCUACAGAAAAAUAUCUAGUUCAAUUAUCGCAGUAUAUUCACUACUUUUAUUCCUUUGCAUAUGUCAUGUUGACUGAACUGUACGAGUACAUUUGGUAUUUACGGAGCUGUAAACUGGUGUUAUAUAGACCUAUAUAACCUCCUUACUAGGGUGGGUACUGGUACAGAAAAUUCAGGUCCAGGUCCGGUUCAGGUACAAAGAAUCAGGUCAAGGUCCGGACCUGAACCUGGACCUGAUCCAGUAGAUUAAUGCCAAUGGUCCAUUUCACUGCAAAGAAAUCUGUUUGGUGGAGUAUUCGACUCAAACUGGCGUUUUAAAAUCCAACAACGCCAACUGCGCAUGCACCUGUAUGACUCAUGUAAAACUUGGUAGAAAUGACUAUAAAAUCUUCUGUACUUCACUCUUGUUAUUUUCUUCCACCUGCAAGCACCCAACGUGUGAAUGCCUGAUCAAAUAAUCUGUUAAUUUUCUAAAAGGUCCAACAUCCGGUCUACCUAAUUUUUUCAGGUCCGAUUUUUCUGGACCGGUCCAUUAAGAAAAACCGGUUUUGAACCGGUACGCUGUACCGAUACCCAGCCCAAGUCCUUACUAUAACAUGUCAGUACUUGAUAGAAGAUAUCAAGCAUUUUAGGUGAAUAUGAAAUUGGUACGGGGUUAUGACGAUCUCCAUCAAGGUUGGCUUGACUUAAGCAAGCAUCUCACAGGCCUUCCAAUGGUCCGUCCCCUUGGGUUGAUGGGGAAAAGGACCAAUAAGUCACCCCAUCAGCAAAAUAUUGUGUAGCACAUGCGAUAAGAUAUAGCUUUAUUAGAAACAUCUUUGAUAUGUGAUUACCUUAUAUUGUAUUUAAAAUUGCGGAUAUGCUUAUAGUUACGUUUGUGAAGAUUAGACAUCCAGGAUAUGAUAAAUAGAUGAAGGUUCAAACUCUUCUUCUGGAUAAUAUCAAAAUUUUAUUCAGACGUUUCGGAAGACAUCCAUCUUCCUUCCUCAGUGACAAGAAAAUGAAGACAAACAAUUUCAUGGAACAAAGAAUAAUUCUAUGUUCUAAAUAAACAAAAAAGGUAACGGCUAAGGUGUUCUAAAAUAAACAACACAGGUAACUAUUGAGAUGUUCUAAACAAGUUCUAAAUAAACAAAAGGUAACUGACAAGGUUCUAUAAUACAUGUACAUUCAAGCAAGUAAAACUAAACUAACAAGGAAUAAGAUAUAAAAAUAUAAUAACCUGUUGAUGCUUAUAGUUUGAAGGUUUCAAGAAAGCUGCAUAAAGUCUAUCAUGAUUUUGAGCUGGCAAAUCCUGAAUACUUGAUAAUAGAUCAAAUAAAGGCGUCUACUAUA